AUGUCCAACCUUUCCAAGUCUGAACAACAACAACCUUUAAAUUCCCUUCCAUCGCUAGAGUUGUUUCGAAAGGAACCUUCCCGAACUCUAAAAGCUUUUCUAAAACUCUCCAACAUUGAAUGGGUGCAAAUUCUUGCCUAUGGAGUGUUUGAUCAAGAUUUUAGAGAAUGUUUGAAUAUAUUUUUGAGUUGUAAAACCAUGUAUGAAAUAACUCAUGAGAAUGAUUGGUUUUGGAAGCUCCUGGUUCAUAUCAUGUUGUGGCCUCAUGUCAAGAAAAAUCGUGGAUGUUAUGGUUCCAUUCCUACCAUGGGAAAGUUUAUAAGAGAUAUUGAUUCCUUGACAGUGUUGGCUCGGAAAACAAAAUUUGAUACACGAUCGAUCAAGAGAUGA